AUGACUACUGGAUACGAUUCUAUUGAUGGAGGUGAGUCAAAUGCGACUCCGUCAACAGCACAUCGGACUUCCGUUAUUGGUGCUCUGACAGCCGGUGGUAGAUCAGUUGUAUACCAAUUGACCAGCUUUUAUUUGAGAACACCAUUGAAACUGUUUCGUCCGGCUAGAUUUGACUAUUUGCACUAUUUGCGUGUUGUAUUAACGGGUGAAGAGAGGAAGCCACUACAUGAGGUUGAAAAGCAGCAGAAGCUUAAAAGGUUUAGGAUUCUAAACCCUAAAUAUAUGUAUUAUUUGGAGAAUUCGAGUUUGGGAAUCUUAACCAAGGCUUUGAACAAAUACGGUUGGAAAGUUAUACCUGAUAGAAUUUUACCACCGCUAGUGGUCAAUUCAGCUGCUGGUGUCAUUCUUUAUACUACUUACCUGUCUACACUGACCCACUUCGCCAAAUUACGGGCUGAAAAAUCUCAAUUGAACAAGCCAUGGGAUAUUUGGAGAUCAGGCCUCCUAGCCGGUGCAGCCCAAGCAUUGGUAUCAUCACCAAUAGACGCCAUCUAUACCAGAUCUAGUACAAGCGAGUUACUAUCGAGUGCUCAAAAAUAUGAUAAUUUGUGGCUUUAUGGUAGAGACAAACUGAAGGAGAUAGGGCUCAUUGGAUGCUUUGGUGGGUAUGGUAUUACGCUUUUUAAAGAAUCGUUAGGGUUUGCAGUUUAUUUCACCACAUUUGAACUGAUAAAGGGUCAGUUAUGUCAAUCCUUGAUUAAUACGAUAAAGCAUUAUGAUCAAUUAAAAUACACUAUUAGAAAUACAAAAUUGACGGAUAUUCUACUCCGUAGAUCACCUCAACCUCAUGAAUUUGAGAAAGCACCCAUGAAAUCUAUGUCACCGCAGGAGGAAAAGUGGUUUCAAAGAACUUUUACCUUUGGAGGUGGUGUCACUGCAGCUUUUCUUUUGCAAGUGGUCCAGUUUCCCUUUAGUAAGAUCCAAAAAGUUCAUCUGUCAAGAUUAGAAGCUUUCGAUAUCUAUAACCGUACACUGUUCAAAAAUGCAGAAGCAGCUCCAGUGACCACUACACCUCCUUCCAUGAAAAUUAGAGUGAGAAGUCCAAAUAGCAGAAGAUUACACAUUUAUUACAAUUCCUACAUGGAUACUUUUGAACAUAUUCUUUUCAUUCACAAGAAUACGAACUCCUUACUUAAAUGGCUUUACAAGGGAUUUAUGAGAAAUACUCUGGCCAUUAUUCCGGGUACUACUGCAGGUUUACUUCUAUUGGAUUACAUGCGUUCCUCUGUAGAGGAAACUUUAAUUCAAACUCCCUUAACGUGA